GCUCAAACUGACAGAGUCAGAGCGUGCACCUACAACUUCGAGCGGCUCGAAAUUGAAGACCGAGUUUGAUAAUUCAUCCAGUGAGAGUGGGAAUGGACAGGUUACUGGAGCUGCGACUAACAUACGUCAGGGUGGAAGCCUUCUGGACGAGUCACGAUCUUUGAAACGGAGUAAGCAGAAGCUGGUCGACGAGGUGGACAGCUUAUUACGCAAUAUCGCAGCCCAUGGUCAGUACCCACCAGCUGAUAUGGUCGAUCGUCUACGUGCAUUGAUCGCUGAGGUACAUGUCCGAAUGGGAGAGUCUGGGCUUCGCAACGUCAAACAACUAUCCAAUGCCCUGUCAUUCGUCACCAGUGAAUGGCUGUUCUACCACACUCUUCGAACAUGCCCGGAGCUGACAUGGUCCGGUGUCUCGGGGUAUAUGAAUCAGGCCUUCACUGACGAUAAGGAGAAGGAGAUGGCAGAUAGACUCGCCAGAACCUUCAAGAGGGCAUUUUGGGAUUUGCAUAGGGAAGACCUGCAGAAGCGGCCCCCAGAUUACUCCUUCGUUUUCGCCAGGUUGUCGGAGCUACGGUCGAGAAUGUGCAGUUUCUUGCCCCAGGCCAGGCAGACUGAGUUCGCCUCUCGUCUGGACCUGGAGCUUCUCAAGCAGCAGAUUGAACAUCAGGCGUUUGAUCGGGAGACAUUCGUGCAGGUGCUCAGAGUCGUGGUAGACAUGUUGUAUCGUCUGGAGUCACCGGCAUCACACAAGAAAACUGUUCAAUGGUUCGAGGAAGAUAUAAUGAAGAAGCCAUCCCUCACCGAAUACGGUUCUGCCGAAGAUGCUAUGAAGGCGUUCCACGAGGAGAUAGUUGACUCUUUGUCUUUCCUAUUCGAGCAGUGUGACGUUUUAGAGGCUGAGCUGCAGAGUUACAGGACUACACAGGUUUCGAUGAAGGAGAGGAGACAACUUGAAUUUGAACAUUUCAUGCGGAUGAUUGAUGUCGGCGUGGUAGAUCUGUCCGCGUCAAAGAAAAUGUUUCGUAAUGGCCUCUUGAAACUCGGUGACAACGCGCAGAGUAUUGUGGAAGCUAGUCUGCAGUCGGAAGCACUCAUGCAUCAACUGGCGGGCCGACUACUCCUCUUGGAACUAGCCGAGUUAUGCUGCCAUGGCGUUGACAAGGAGACCUUGCAUGACAGCCAUGAG